GUUCCACCUCGAGAAUUUGGGAUGUAUUGAACUGCUGUUGAGGUUGGGAUCUGAUCCUAACACAAGAGACUUACAAGGACAUACACCUCUAAUGGACGCAUGCCGCUCCAAUCCGCAAGCUGUUCCCUUAUUACUAAGGAAGCAGUGAAUCCGGAAUUUUGAUACAUGGAAACGAGAAUGCUUAUUUGCAUGGGACAAAUGGCAUGAUCUGAGGAAUUGGAGAGCGAGAUUGUCAACCUGUACAGCGUGGCCUGCAUAUUUUCCGUACCUCAGUACCAUCGAACAUGCCUGGCACAACAUUAAAAUUCUCCUGGGAUGCUCUUUGUGGUCAUGUACUGCAGAGGAGGUUACUGUCCCAAAAUAAAUAGUUGACUUUGAACUCCUUGCAAGGAGAAUGACAAAAUAUUGUGACAGCACAUCUGAGAGAUUUUGUGGUGAAUAUGCAAAAUGAUAACUUAUGUAUUUUUGAGUUCAAGGAGUCCAGAAUUCAUACUGACAGUGAGAUCAAUUGUCAUUCGUGUUAAAGGUUGCAUUUUAUUAUGAUUACAAGUAAUCUCUGCAGUUAUGGAGCUGAUGUUAAUGCUGUAAAUUUAGAAGAUUUUACUUCUUUGCAUUAUGCAGUUAUGGAGGGAAACCUUGAAAUUGUGCAGCUCCUAAUCCAGCAUGGAGCUGAUGUGUGUGUUCCUCUUGGAUGUAAACCACCACCACUCCAUUUUGCUGUUGUCCAAGGCAGUGUGGAAAUUCUAGAAUUUCUUUUAAAUUCCGGGGCUGACAUCAAUGCAGUGUCGAAUAUGUGUGGUACAGCUCUGCAUCUUGCUCUCACUAAAAUAACUGGAAAUCAGCUAGAAUUGGUCAAAACUCUUCUACAACGUGGAGCCAACCCGAAUGCAAUUACCGUAUCUGAUAACACACGUGUUUUUAAGCCCCCAAUUGAAGAAUAUCUGAAAUGCUGCGAACAUCUUCAACCUGAAAUAAUUCAGUUGCUUCUGAGGUAUGGAGCUCGUAUAGUGCUGAAAGAAAAGAGAGAUCAUCCACUUGGAAUCAUAAAAGUUAUCCACAGGAUACACUUAGGUUUGAAUCCUGAAGUAAUGGCUUUGUUAAUUGAGGCUUGUGAAGAAUUCGACGUAAAUUUUAUUAAACAGUCACAGCAGAUGAGUAAUGAACACAGGGAAUUAUUGCUGAACAGAGCUCUUCAACCAUUUCCUCUUAUGCACCUGGCUAGAAUUGAACUAAGGAAAAAUCUAGGAUGGGGUCCUCAUUUUAUCGAAACUGUUCAGAAUCUUAAAAUUCCAGAAUACUUGAAAAGUUAUGUUUUAUUUGAUAAGUAAAGUGUGAAAUCUGCUUGUUUGCUUCACUGCAAGCUUUUUGAAAUAUAAUCAUUGUUGUUCAUUGUGCUCAAGAACUGCUCUACGUGCUGCAUAAUCAAUUCAUCCUCAGAAUUUUCAAAAAUCAAUGAGUUGCAGUUAAUGAAAUAUAUUCGUAAGAAUGCAGUCUUUGCUGCUCAGUGUAGAAUACAUUUCAUUCCUUUUAUUUUGUUUGUUUUAUUAAAUGUCUGUACUGUUUUUUUAUCAAGUUUUUUUUUAAAUAUAUUUUUAUAUUUAAAACCUGUGGAUUCAAAUGUAACAGAUCAUUCCAAGUAUUAAAAAAUGCAGAUAUUCCAUAAUAAU